AUUUCUUUCCGUAUCACUGCCUGCGUGUACACCGUGUUUUUUUUUUCAUUAUACAAUUGCCUCUUAGCAUUAGAUGUUCAAAUUUACGAUUCGGCGUAAAUCAGCGUAAAGAUGGAAGUGGCUAAAUAUUUCGAAGUGUUGGUAAUAAUCGUAUUCUUUUCGACUACGUCAGCACAGUCUCCGAGAAGGAGUGUCUCACAAGGAGUCGUCGUAGGAAAAACGGUGCUAUUCGAUGAGAAUGAAUUCUUAAACAUAACGAAGUACGUCGACGUAUUCCAGGGUAUACCAUAUGCUGAGCCACCAGAACGGUUUAGGCCUCCUGUUCUCAAAGCUCCGUGGUCUGGUGAUUACAAUGCAACGGCUUUUAAACCAGCGUGUGCUCAGGCUCCAUCACUUCGAUACUUAGCAAGUCAACAUGAAGAUUGUCUCUAUCUCAACGUGUAUGCCCCCAAUCCAAAGCCAAAAGGAGCUGCAACAAUGGUGUACAUUCACGGUGGAUCAUUUGCGAGUGGAACCGCCAUGAGCUAUGAUUUCUACGGUGUUCCACUGGUUGCCGUUGGGGAUGUUAUCGUGGUCGUCAUCAACUACCGUGUCGGGGUAUUUGCAACGUUCACUACCAAAAGCGAUGCAGCUCCUGGCAACAUUGGAAUGUUAGACCAAGUUGCUGCUUUACAAUGGAUUAAAUCUUAUAUUGAAGCAUUUGGUGGUGAUUCAAACAGAAUAACAAUAUUUGGAGUAAGUUGUGGUUCAGCUUCUGUGGGUUUCCAUCUGCUUUCAAAUCUUAGUCGUGGAUUGUUUCAGCAAGGCAUCAUGCAGAGUGGUACAGCAAACGCUGGAUGGGCUUUUGAAGAUAACCCCGAGAAAGAGGUGGAGAACGCUAAAAAGAUAGGACAAGCAUUUGGCUGUAACCUGACAUCCAUGCCUGAUCUAGUAGCAUGCUUGCAGGCGGUAGAAACCAAGGAUCUAUAUACAGUAGCAGAUCAGGUGUACGACCAGUCCUAUCGUGUUAAUGUAGAUGGCGUCUUCUUGAAAGACACACCGAUGAAUCUCUAUGCCAACGGUGACUUAAACAAAGCAUCAAUAUUGGCUGGAAUCACAACAGACGAGGGCACAUAUGAAAUGUGGCAUAGAUAUUUCUGGCCUUACGCUUCCUCUGAAACACCACCACCAUUCAACCAGUCCAAAUUGAAGGAAUACCUUGAGACUACACUCAUAGCCGAAAACAUUCUUUCCCCGGACAGCAUGGAUAUACUAUUAGAUGCUGUACUCCAUGAAUACACUGACUGGUCUAUUGCAGAUGAUCCGAACUCUGAUAACUUUCAGUCAGCAUCGGAGGCAGUAGGGGAUUUCACCAUUAAGUGUCCUACAGAUGCUAUCCUAAGGGCGCAUGUAUCUGCAGGUGAUACCGUCUAUAAAUAUGUCUUCAACUACCCAGUUACAACUACGAGCUACUUCCAUGUAGCUGGUCUUGUACCAUUUACCACAUGGUUAGGUGCAGGACACGCCGAGGAACUAUUUUACGUAUGGGGUGGACCUUUCAUAGACCAACUCGACAAUGUCCACGGUCAAAACGUAACAGACGAUGAGAAGAAACUUGCAGUCGACAUGAUGCGAUUCUGGACUAACUUCGCCAAGACAGGCAAUCCCAGCCAAUCGGAUGCAGACGUCGCACCCACCAAAGGAGUCUAUGGAUGGCCAAAGUUUACAAUCCCAGAGUUACGUCACAAGAUAUUAGAUGUCCAGUUAGGAGAGGGCAGGGCUGACAAGGCGAGUGAAUGCCAAUUCUGGAAUACCUAUUUCCCGAAACUUAAGUUUCGACAAAAUCAGUUGAUGAUUCCCAAAGACAAUGGAGACAUAGAUUUUCAAACUGGAUGAAGAAGAUGCAAGAAUGGAGAAAGGAUGUUGCUUCUUACAAAAGAGGAUGUUCAUAAUAAUGCACAUUCGGUGCCACUGAAGCGCAUUGUUGUACAUAAUUAUUAGCGAUCACCCCCCCCCCCCCCACCUGACACCAAUAAAAAUGUAUCAUUUAUAUACAGAAUUUCAAUAUCUUAAUACCGAGAAAUAAGGAUUAAUGUUAAAAUUACUUUCCAUACAUAUUAGUCUCGUUCACUGUGUUCAAAUUGUAACUUUCGCCGGAUAUUUUUGGAGAAAUUGAAAACUAUACAUUUUUGGAAACGUUAUGGUAUAUCAGAUAAAAAAACUUUUCAUUUGCACCGACCCCUAUGUGGCCGCCAUCUCGGAUUUUUUUUUAAAUGGCCGCCGUAAAAAGGGGUUUUCGGCAAUAUCUCGGCUUCUAAAUAACCAAGCAUAAUAAUUUUGCACCCAGACCGCUAUUUCUGAGGUCAAGGAAUCUAGUGGUAUCAAAAUAACCUUUUCUGAUAGAAAAUAUCAUUUUAAUUCAAUUUACAUGUUUUUCUGUUCAUAUCAAGUUCAAAGGUCAGUUAUGGUCAAUGACCUAUGACCAUGUUCUGGUUUCAAAUCUUACCAACAAUUUCAAACAAAAAAAGGCCUACCUGAAGCAAAUUAAUUUGAUUGAUAUUUCAUCUUUUUUUUGUCUCGCAUGAAGUUCGGCAUAUGUCUCUUAUGAUCAUACUUGGUACAUAUCAUCUUUGGGUAAUACCACAUGUGACCCCAUGAAAAUGAUUAUCUAGAGGUCAAAGGUCAAAUGAUAUGAGGUCAUGUUCACCCUAUUUUGAAGUUUUUGUUUAACAUACUCUCAUUUCUUUAUUUCUCCAUCAAUUUUAAUCACACUUCAUUAAAAUGAUCCUCGUGUAAUACAACAUGUGUCUUGGUGGGGUCAAAGGUCAUCAAGGGGUCAAAAGGUCAAGUUUUUCAUCAAUUGCUCAUUUCUUUAUUUCUGCACCAAUUGUGUUUACACCUGGUAAAAUUGAUUCUUGGUUAAUACCACAUGUGUGUUCAUUAGGAUAAUUGGGUCAAAGGUCUACAAGGGGUUAAAAGGUCAAGUGAUAAGAGGUCAUAUCCAUCCUUUUUUCAAUUUAUUGUUUAACUUGCUCUCAUUUAUUUAUAUCUGCACUAAUUGUGUUCAAACUCGGUACAAUUGAGAGCAUGUUCAUCUUUUUUGAAAUUUUUGUUCAACUUGCUCUCAUUUCUUUAUUUCUCCAUCAAUUUUGAUCAUCCUUCAUUAAAAUGCUCAUCGGGUAAUUCAACAUGUGCAUUGUUGAGGAUAGUGGGAUCUAAGGUCAUCAAGGGGUCAAAAAUUCAGGUUUUUCUUCAAUCGCUCAUUUCUUUAUUUCUGCAUCAAUUGUGUUUACACUUGGUACAAAUGAUUCUUGGGUAAUACCACAUGUGUGUGGAUUAGGAUGAUAAGGUCAAAGGUCAUAUAGAGGUCAAAAGAUCAUAUUGCAUCUUUUAAUGAUCGCGAAAGCAGGUGAGACUCGUGGUUCGUGAACCACCUUGUUUUUAACUACUUGUUGACUGCCGCCAUGUAGGAUCUGGGCAUCGUUUCAUAAAAUGACCUGGUGGAUGUUUCUUGUGACAGAGUCUUUUUGUCAAACGUACACCAGAUAAUUUAUUAGCCAAUCAAAAUCAAGGAAAAUUAUCAGAUCUGAAAAAUUGUGGGGCAACAAAUUAUUAAUGAAAUGCUUUCGAGAGUAGCAAAGUCACUGCUACUUGGCGGACAUGUUAAAUGCCCCUUGCUCCAUUUUCCAGACAAGGUUUAGACAACUAUUUAGACUUAAUGUCAUUGUACAAGGUUGAUGAAACCUAUCUGAAUGAAACACCCGCCUUCUUAUUGGUCAAAUGAUAGUCAUUUGAUGUCAAUCACAUAUUGAUGAUCAAAGAACAUAUUACUGAAAACUUAUCAAACUUAUACAUGUAUAAAUGUAUUAAUCACACUCUGGAUAGUCAAUUUGUUCUUUCAUGUCCAUUUAUCUGCCCGAUGGUUACCAUAGUAACAAUCAUAAACAUGUGCUUUUCAGCCAAUAAAACGACGCAAUAAAUGUCCUAUGUCAGAUCACGAUGUGGUAUUGCAAAAACAGUAACAUAGUUGAUGUUUAACAAUAGUGGUUGAAUCCCUGAUUGAAAUAUUGACUUGACUUGGUGAUGAUACUUUGUUUGGAUCGAAAGAACAAACAUAAAAAAAAUAGAACUUUUUCUCGUUAAAAGACAGAACAUGUAUUUUUAUUUAACUUGCUAUUGUUACUGUUUCAUAUUAUAUUAUUUGUAUUUUACCUAAGUAUAUAAUUGUUUUGAUUUAAUACAUGCAUGUUCGAACGAAGUUUGUAAAGAUGUUCAGAUAAUGUCAUUAUGUCUGCUUCUUGUAUGGUUCGUCUGAUGUGGAUAAGAGUAUAUUUAGGGUAAGGGGUUCUUCGAUUUAAUUAUGACAUAGGUGAUUAACAAAAUGCCUGUUUUAUGCUUACCUUGUAUUUGAUUUUCAUUUUUUGCAAUUCGAUAUUUAAGAAAUACUUUGGUACUUAUGAGCUG